ACCCCUUAUCCAUUCAUUGAUUUCAUUCUCACACUCUCCUCACACCAGUGUACCAUGUUCACUCUUUUAUUAUCUCUCUACUUUGGCAAACUUAGAGCAAUCCACAAGCCAUCCCAAACAGGUUUUGGAGCAGAAAAUAAUGGCUACGGCAGCAGCAUCAGCCUCGGCUACGCUUUCACUGAUUGUCGCCGCAAAGGCCAACAGGUUUUCCCAGAGAAGAAGCACCAAAGUGAGGUACAUUAGUGGGCUGAAUUCAUUUGAAGGCCUCAAGGCACAUAACCAUGUAUCUGCAUUAGGCGUCCCUGUUUGCGCUGACCACUCAUUUGCAAAGAUUGUAAGCUCACUGAGACCACAAGGCAAGGGUAAUGGCGGCGGAGCUCUCUCUGCAACCUGCAAUGCCGUCGCUGAGAUUUUCAAGAUUGCUGCCAUAAUCCCUGGCCUUGUUCUUGUUGGAGUCGCUGUCGGUUUCGUCCUCCUCCGAGUUGAAGCUUUCCUGGAGGAAUCUGAAGAAUGAAGUUAUGGCAACUCUGGUGGUUGGUUCAGUGUUGUUUUUCAAUAAUCAAGGUCAAUGUGCUUUUGAAUUGGUUCCAUGUUUUGUCUUGUAGAUUUGUUCUGUUGGGGCUACAUAUAUAUAACUAAGAUAUCUUUGCCUCUCUUUCUCA